GGCACCUCCCAGUGCCUUACACUAACCUAGGGUGGCUGUCGUUUUCAUGGACUUAGUAUGACUGCAUGACCACAACGGUACCUGGUACUAUUCCAUCUGCAUCCUUGGAACUUCAUGUGCCAGCUAUCAGUCCAUAAUCAGCCCAUAGAAUUUGCACGAUCUUGACCGCAUGAUCCUAACUUUAUUCAUCUAACAAGCUUUGGCGUCCAUCCUAGAUACGUCAUGUCCUGGAUACUUCUAACAAGACAGCAACUUCCCACUAUCCUCACGCGACUAUUCCGCCUGGCAUAGCACACAAUGGCCUUAUACAUCGACCAUUUGCUCGAUUUCACUCGCUGCAUACUAUGCGGAUGUGCCACCGCCACGCCGUCUCCAGUCUGGCUUGACACAAUCCGCGUGCUACAUCCCACACCCCAUGGAUGGAUAAGCUUAACGGGGAUAGCCAGCAAGUACAACAAGGUCGCCACGGGGGCUCACAAGAAUAGGAAAAUCAAGUUUAACGACUACCCCAACUGCCCACUGAAGCCCUGGGAGAGCCGGCAUUGUUGCUCCAAUCCAAGCGAGGAAUUUUUCAUUGUGCAUGAGCAGUGCUGGCAAUACGCAGAGAAAAAGCUUUACCCAAGCGGUAAGCCUAAUCUGCGAGAAUUGUAUGAAGUCUUGUGUGAAGUACCGCCGUCGAGGGAUCCUGCAUAUUCUGAUCCCAGCCAGUACCACCCUUGCAGAGAGAAGACCCUGGAGGAAUUCCUCCAGGGUGACAGGGAAUUCCCUGAGCCCUCCAGCUCCAUGAAGGAGAAGACCAGCUCUUCUUCUAACCCCACCGAUCCUUUCCGACGACUGCCUCUCGAAAUCCGCGAAAAAGUAGCACUUUUACUUCCCAGCCAUGAAUUCCUGGAUCUGCGUCGAGUCUCACGAGCAAUGAGCACCGUCUUCCAUGAUAACUUCUUCUGGAAGUCACGGUUCAAACGGGACGCUGAUCGUGGAUACCUCGAUUAUAUCGCCUGCGGCGUUACUGACCUUGAUCAAAGCGGGAUCCAAAGUCAAUAUACUGACUGGGGGCUUCUUUACCAUGCUUCCAUGAAUAUUGGGAACAAAUUAGAGACGACCGUCAAGGUUUGGGAAGUUGUCCAGUGGAUAAAGGAUGUCCUUGCUGCGCAGAAUGGCUUGCAGGAAUCACCAUUGUGGUUCUCUGGGCGCGCACUACAGCAUUAUCACAAUGACUCAUGCGCCACAGGUAGAAGAGUUGAAAGAGCCAAAAUUUCACCCUCUCUAGUUAAGAUUGGUGUGACGAUGGUAUCGAGCAAGACGGUCCACGAGAGGGACGAAGCCCAGGCAGGUUGGAAAGUGUUCGAGACUGAGACGGACAUCCUAGCAGUGGAGUUCAUCAGCAAAGAGCAUGAAAACAUCACCCUGGGGACUAGAAACAAAAAAUCAAAGAACAUAUGCCCUCGGGACCUGCAGAAGAAAAUGGACGCUUACUACGGCCAGGAGAAUGCCGGGGGCGAAACCAAAAAGUCGGCCCCCGAGAGUCCGUUCGAUGGCAAUGGCGUCCGUAUACUUUUCAACGCAAAGCCCGAGGAUUUCGGUGGCUUCCGCAUAAGAUAUUUCAAUGAGAAGAUCUCGUCUUUGGGAGUGCUGUCGAAGAACAUGGCGUAUUCCCGCAGGAAUGAGCCACAAGCUUUCGGGUUUGAUGCCAAUGAUAAAUGUGCAUUUGAUAUUGGAAUGGAAAUGGAGGAUAUAGUUGAGGUUGUCGCUACGUUUGAGGGUCGAUUACUUGUAGACUUGGGUGUCAGAGGAUCCCGAGAGGACUACUGGACGUAGAAAAGUUGCUCUAAAGGAUACAAAAGCGAAUUGCCAUCUUGUUAGCAG